UUUGUUAAAUUUUUAUCAACAUUUAAGAUUAUGUGCGGGUCGUGUUUUGGUGAUUGCCGGCAAAAAAAUCGAAUGAAAUCUUACGGGCGUUGAUAAAAUGCUGCCGCUUUUGUUUACACUCAAACAGUAUUGCUUCAGCUGGUAACGUGUAAAGUACUGAGUAUCUAGAAUCAGGAUUCGUAGCCGUUAGCAACAAUUGAAAACCAAAACAAACAGCGAAUCUCAAGUGUUUGCAUGUUUGUGUAUUUAAAACUGCUAAUUGUAGACAUACGCCCACCUCUACGAAUAACAAAUAUAUCCGGAACUUACAUACAAAUCACACAAAAAUGCCCGAUGUGCAAUUUUUUGCAGUGCUUCCACAACAGAACAGACAGGUGUCUAAAAUUCGAUUACACGGUACUUUGGACCCAAAUGCUGAACAAUUUUCGGUGAACUUUGUGAACGACAGGACAUGCAUUGCACAACAGAAUAUAGCGUACCAUUUCAAGGAGAUCGUCAGCACGUAUCCUCAAGUUCUGAUCGAAGAUUAUAAAGAGAAUGGCGAGUGGCAGGACUAUCAGGAGAAGGAGCUGUCGGCUUUUGAUGCAACAGCUUUUGCGUUAGAGUUUUCACUGAAUUAUGAGACGAAUCAAAUACAUGCCUAUAACAUACAGGAUGAUGGUGUUAACAUACUCUCAUCCUACGAUGUUCAGGUUCCGCUCCAACAUAUUCAGGCGUUGCAAGUGUGGGGCAAUGUGGACAAGGUCACUGAGCUAACAUUGCUCUAUGAAUAAAGUCGAGGUUAGCCUCUUCCCCCUUUUCUCUCUCCAAUCGUUUCUCAUUCUAUAUACUCGUACAUAUAUAUUAUUAUUGCUUUUUGAGAAUAGCGCUUGCUGUUUUGUUACUUGCUUGGUUGGUUUGGUUCGGUUUAAUGAUUUCAUUUAAUUGUAAGUACUUGUAGUUAGCAAUGCACGUAGUUCCAAUUGAAUUUCCAGCACCAACUUACCACGUUACCAAAAAUUUAGUUGCAGCUCUUCAAGUUGCGCCUGCGCUGUAUGCUACACUAUUUUUAACCGUCACUUCCGCCGCUGCUGCCGCUUCUGCCGACGACGCUUCCAGCUCCUAAACAAAAAAAAAACCAAAGACUAGUUCUAAGUAACCAAACGCCCUUUCUUAACGUGGACUGGACUUACGCGAGGAGUUUUCAGUGAGUGAGCGAUCUAUAUCGUGCGGUUUGACUUAGGAAGUGGUAUAGAGAAGAAUCUCUUCUUUCUUUCUAAUGCCAUACUUAUAUUCCCAUUAUCAAUUAAUGUCAAUUUAUUUGUUUUCCUUACAUUUGUGACUGCCUUUUGAGAUAUUUGGAAAAUUCUUAAAAAGCUAUUUCUGCACAUUUUUUGUGUACAGUAAAAAAUCAUUAAACGAUUUCGAUCACAUGGUAUUAUUAAUCAACCUUUAUGAAAACCCAGUAUGCAAACGAAAGCAUUUAAAAUAGGGAGCCUAAAAAUAGAAACAACGCACCUAAAGACCUCUCGUGUAAGUCCAAAUAUAAACACCAGUGGUAGUAUUAUUUAUGUAUAUUGAAUUGUGUAUGCAAUUCAACAAGAGCUGUAUAUCGUGAAUUGUUUCUAUAAAAUUAGAAAUGUCUUGAAGUAUUCAAUUUAUAUAUAAACACAAAUAUGCACAGCUCUGUUUUCGACACAAGUAUUUUUUGUAAUCCAAUGACAUAGUUCUUUUCCAAAAGCAUGAGUUGAUUUUAUAUUUUAUGUUACAAAAUUCAUGAGAAACGUCUAAAUCGCAUCAUGACACAAAACAAAAAAAUGUUGAAACAAUUAUGUAUUUUAAUUAA